UUGGUCCGUGUGGCGAGAACUAGUGUGUGUUUAAGCGUAAAAUAAUUUAAAGCGAAUUCUUUUUAAGAACAAAUAUCAAUACGUACUGGAUUUCUUGACAAGCACCAUGACCUUUGAAGAGCUGAAUGGAGAUUAUACUUCUGUCGAAAGGAUGGAUUCAGUCUCUAAAGCCCUUGAGGAAGUCCUCGCCUCUGCCUUGCUCCAAGGCUGGGUUACUGUUGGAGUUUAUGAAUCUGCAAAGGCACUGAAUGUAGACCCGGAUAAUGUCGUGCUGUGCAUCUUGGCCACCGAUGACGAGGAUGUGAAGGAUGUCGCCUUGCAGAUCCACUUCACUCUCAUCCAGGCCUUCUGCUGCGAGAAUGACAUCAACAUCCUGCGUGUGAACAACACCAGGCGCCUCGCCAAGAUCCUGGAAGGACCUGGGAAGCAAGGAGGCGAGCAAAUGGACCUGCAUUGCAUCUUAGUCACUAGUCCAUGUGCGUCUUCAUGGAAGAACCAGGCGUUGUGGAACGUGCAUCACUUCUGCCAUGAGAGCCGCAGCAUGGACCAGUGGGUUCCCGUCAUCAAUCUCCCCGAGCGAUGAGACAAAAAAAAAAGAACUGAACUGAACAAAAGUAAAAAUUAUACUUUUUAAAAAAAAAAAAA